UACUUUCUUGUCUUCAUUUCCCUUUGCAAAUAUAUAAGCCAAGAGCAUUCUCUUCGUGUUUUAGUUUCGUUUCCUUUCAUCGUUGCGUCGCUUCAGACGACCACCGAAAGCCCCAACAUCGCACGUCCAGGUGCUGAAUAAGGCUUUGUUGUUCCCUUGUGAUUGGUGCUUGCAGAUUCUUAUUUCUCAGUAAAUCAAGAUGGUUGUUCUGGUGACGACUGAAAUAUCUCCACGGAAAGAAGGUUAUGUGCUGAUGAAGUUUAUUAUUCGCUAGCUUGGCACCUUAGCUAAGAUGUUUCUCCAUGUGAAUGAAGUUAAAGUGAAAUGGAAAGGAAUCUGGGAAAAGGUGCUAUGGAUCAACAGAAAAACUACGAACAAGUUCGGUACAACAACACUGAAUCAAGAAAUGAGGGACUUGGGUCCACUAAUUCAAGAUAUUUUCAGGAUCCGUCAAGUAAUAUCAAUACUAAUUUGCGGCCACCAGGUUACAAUAUGUCUGUUGGGGCUAGACCUGGGCUGAACUACUCCAUUCAAACUGGUGAGGAAUUCGCUCUCGAGUUUAUGCGGGAAAGGGUGAAUCCAAGGCAACAUUUCAUUCCGAAUGCUUAUGUUGAUCCCAAUAAUGCGCCUACUUAUAUGGACAUAAAAGGCUUACUGGGAAUUAGCCAUACAGGUUCAGAAAGUGGGUCCGAUAUCUCAAUGAUUAAUUCCGUGGAAAAGUCCCGUGCCCCAGACUUUGAAAGAAACGGAUCUUUUGCUCAUGAAGAGAAGGGUUACCAUGAUUCAGUACGAUCAGUACCGAAAAGCUCGUCAAGGAAUGAUAGCGGUCAUGGAUUUCAUGGUUAUGCCUCUUCAGGAGCAUCGCAGAGCUCAUCCACGAAGGUGAAGUUCCUUUCCAGCUUCGGUGGUAAAAUUUUGCCUCGUCCUAGUGACGGAAGGCUUAGAUAUGUUGGAGGUGAAACACGUAUCAUACGGAUAAGUAAGGAUAUUUCUUGGUUGGAACUUAUGCAGAAAACAUUGACCAUAUACAGCCAGACUCAUACAAUAAAAUAUCAGCUUCCAGGUGAGGAUCUUGAUGCAUUGGUUUCUGUUUCUAGCGAUGAGGAUCUACAGAACAUGAUGGAGGAGUGCAACAUUUUUCAAGAUGGGGGAUCACAAAAGCCUCGGAUAUUCCUCUUUUCUAGUGGUGAUUUGGAGGAUGUUCAGCUUGGUCUAGGAAGCAUGGACGGUGAUUCUGAGGUCCAAUAUGUUGUUGCUGUAAAUGGUAUGGACCUAGGCUCAAGAAAGAACUCAUUGGGUAUGGCAAGCACCUCUGGGAACAAUUUGGAUGAGCUACUCAGUCUAAAUGUUGACAGGGAGCGGCAGCCUUCACUUGAAUUAGCUGGUGCUAGUAUUGCUGCUUCAACGGUGAAUGUGCCUUCAUCAGCUCAUCAAGCUUCUCAGACGUUGCUUCCUAGUUUAGCCAGUGCUUCUGAAUUUGAUACACAAGGUUAUCGGGGACUUGACUUACAUAAGGGAGAAGCCAGCCAGCAUCUAUCAUCUACCCCACUGCAGUACAAUUACAGUAUUCACACUUCUAACUAUGCAACUUCUGGAGAAAGUUUGGCUCCAAUGCCCAUUCAUGCGCAUGCAACUCAACAAGGAGUUUUGGCUAAACAGCAGCUCUACGAUGGCUUCCAUCUCCAUGAUUCUGAAGCAUCCAUGAAAGAGAUGAAACUGAAAGGAGUUAGCUUGGCUCAAAAGACAAGUGAACCUGACAAAAUUCGGUCUCUAGAAAAGGAAGUGCCAUUAAAGGAGGCGGUGAUGAAAAGAGGGAGCUCACUCCAUAAGAUAAAUGAAAAUGAGAAAAGUUGGACCAUGGAAAAUGAGCAGGUCUUUUCUUCUCAUUCACCCGAUGGUUCCGCUCCAAGUUAUAUUCACACAGAAGAACCGUCAUUUGCAAAUUCAGCAAGAGAUGUUGGGCCACUUUCAACAGGUACAAAAAGCAAUAGGAAGCUCCAGGAACCUCUACAAAAUUCAGUCUUUCUUGAAGAUGCAAGUGAAGUGAAAAAGAAUAAUGAGGAUGAUCAACCUUAUGCAUCUAGUGUACCAUUUACUGCUGGAUAUGGUGGUUCUGAGACAGAUCCUGCUGACUUCAGCUGCCUUGAACCACCUGUGGUUCCCCAACCAAUCUUUAGUUCGGAGCGAAUUCCCAGAGAGCAAGCCGAACUAAACCGUUUGUCAAAAUCAGAUGAUUCUUUCGGUUCUCAGUUCUUGAAAACACAGGCCCUUUCUGAGCACUCGCAACCAAUGUUAAAUUCAGUUGAUAAAUCUCGUGAUGGGAAUGUUACUAUGCAUUUUGAACAGUCAUCUUUAUCUUCGAAACCACAACACAAAAAUCCUCAAACAUUUGAAGAAGGACUCGCACAAUUGGGAAAGUACAAAGAGUUUGCCGAGAGCAUUACGAGUUCAGCAAUUUCUGAGGAGGUGCGUGACUCCAAUUUACAUAAGCCUGACUUGAGACAUGUAAUAGCCAAGUCUGGGGAGGAUGAAAUGGUCCGGGUCAAAGAUAACUACAAAGAUCUCUCCACCAAGGAUAAGGAAGCAGCACAGUUGAGUCAUCAAACAGCAAGUCAAGGAGCUGAAAAGAACAAGGAGGGCUCCGCUUUAAGGUCACCAGAAUUUGAGUGGAAGGAAAAUGCAACUGAUAAGGACUAUGCUAAUCAUACUAAGAGCCAGGUGCAGCCCAUGGCUUGGGUGGAAAACUCUGCGACAGUUGUUACUCGUGGAGAGUCUGCUGCUGCUGUUAGCACUUCUGAACAUGGCGACAUUCUUAUUGACAUCAAUGAUCGUUUUCCUCGUGAUUUUCUGUCAGACAUAUUCUUAAAAGCUAGAAUCUCUCAGAACCUCUCAGGCAUAAGUCCACUGCCUGGUGAUGGUGUGAGCUUCAACAUGGAGAAUCAUGAGCCAAAGAGUUGGUCAUACUUCAGAAAGUUGGCCCAGGAUGAAUUUGAAAGAAAAGAUGUGUCCCUUAUGGACCAGGACCAUCUAGGUUACUCUUCUUUGCUGACAAACAUUGGAGAAGGAGCUGCCGUAGAUUAUAGUCUUCCUCCUCUGAAGUUUGAUGGACGUGCUUUGGAUCACAUCGACUCCCAUAUGAACUUUGUUGAGGACAUUGAUCAAGAAUCAAGCUACAUCACUGGUCCCAUCACAAUGAAUUUCCAUUCCGAUUACAAUCCUUCACAACUCAAGGACAAGGAGAGUGAGCAGUUGGAUAUAGUUAAAACAGUUAUCCUGGAAUCAGAUUAUGGGGAAGGGAAGCUGGAUAUUCAGAACACAGCUGUUCCUCUUGUAGAUCCUACUCUUGGAAAUUUUGAUAUUAGUACCUUGCAGAUUAUAAAGAAUGAAGAUCUUGAAGAGCUGAAGGAAUUGGGUUCUGGUACUUUUGGGACUGUUUAUCAUGGAAAAUGGAGAGGGACGGAUGUUGCCAUAAAACGAAUAAAAAAGAGCUGUUUUACCGGACGAUCAUCAGAGCAAGAAAGAUUGACGUUAGAGUUCUGGCGUGAAGCUGAGAUUCUUUCAAAGCUCCAUCAUCCAAAUGUGGUGGCGUUUUAUGGCGUAGUCCAGGAUGGACCAGGAGGAACGCUAGCUACUGUGACGGAGUUUAUGGUGAAUGGAUCUCUAAGGCAUGUUUUACUUUGCAAAGAGAGGCAUCUAGAUCGCCGUAAACGGCUCAUCAUUGCCAUGGAUGCAGCAUUUGGAAUGGAAUAUUUGCAUUCAAAGAAUAUAGUACAUUUUGAUUUAAAAUGUGAUAACUUGCUUGUCAACUUGAAGGAUCCUUCACGACCUAUUUGCAAGGUUGGUGAUUUUGGUUUGUCAAAAAUCAAAAGAAAUACCUUAGUCACUGGUGGUGUGAGGGGCACCCUUCCAUGGAUGGCACCGGAACUACUGAAUGGUAGUAGUAGUAAGGUUUCUGAAAAGGUUGACGUGUUCUCCUUCGGUAUUGUCCUAUGGGAGAUUCUUACUGGAGAGGAGCCUUAUGCCAAUAUGCACUACGGAGCAAUUAUAGGAGGGAUUGUCAACAACACAUUGAGGCCACCCGUGCCAAGCUAUUGUGAUGCUGAAUGGCGAUUGCUAAUGGAGCAAUGCUGGGCACCUGAUCCAAUCGUACGCCCGUCUUUCACGGAGAUUACAAGACGCCUGCGCAUUAUGUCUGCAGCUUGCCAAAGCAAACCACAGACUCAUCAGCUGCAGAGUCAACUACCCAAGUAAGAACUGUCGAAAUCCCAUUGUGCCAUUUUAGCUGUCAUAUUAAGUUAUAAUUCCAAGAGUUUAGUUUUGUUAAGGUGUGUAUCAUAUGAGUAGGGAUAAAGGGGACUCGGUGAGAUUAUGUUUUAUAAGUUGGUUGUACAUUAUUAUUGAAAAGCAUGCUGGUAUUUUGUGGAAAUAUUCUGAAAUUGGUUAAUGUGUAAAGCUAUUAUUUGUGUUAAUAGUAAAUACAAACUUUGCUUUGCCUA